AUGGCGGGGUGUGCUGCGACCUCCGACCAAGUUCUCGCGGUCUUCCGUCAAAUGCUCGGUACGCAAGUUAUCGUGCACUUCAGUAUCAGCCGUACGAGCUUACGUCGUUAUACCUCGGACGCUACAGCAUGUCUGACAAAGGCGGCCGCGGAGGCCGUGGAGGCCGUGGAGGUCGUGCGGGUGGUGGGGGAGCUCUUUUCCGGGGAGGCGGAGGUCCUCGUGGAGGAGGUUUCUCUGAAGGAGGGGAGCGCGGUCGAGGUCGCGGAGAAUAUCGUGGAGGGGCCCAGCGUGGUGACCGAGGCGGUCCUCAUAAUCUUCCCUUUCGGGACUCCUCACGCGGGGGUGAUAGAGGGGGUAGAGGAGGACGAGGGCCAGCUGAUUCCCGAGGUGGGCGUGGCCGUGGGCGUGGACGUGGCGACGCAAAGAUCUACAACCCCUCCAUACAGCACCGUUAUUUCUCAGAAAGAAAAUGAAAUCGAGAAAUUUGUCCUCAAGGCCAAAUCUGGCGCCAAAGGAUCUGCACCUGGCGCCAACGUUCUUCCCCUCCGUCCUGGAUACAACACCCAGGGCAAUGAGAUACUUCUCUAUGCCAAUUACAUGGAACUUACCGUCAAAGGUAGUGUAAAGUGUCACAGGUAUAGCAUCGAAAUUGGACCAGGCCCUGACAAGAAGGUGCCGUCGAUCAAACGGUGCAAGCGUCUCGUUCAAUUGCUACUUGAGGAACAUUUUGCUGCUGAAAGAGGUCAUAUAGCUACGGAUUCGCGUGCUAACAUGGUUUCCUCCAAGAAACUUGACAAAAUAUCUGACGACGAGGAAAGCACAGAUUUUCGUGUUCGCUGGAGAGCGGCAGAUGAGACCCAAUACGAAGAAAACCCAGAUGUCUACACUGUCACGGUCAAGUACACUGGAAUGAUUGCAGUGUCCGAUUUGAUCGACUACUUGACCUCAUCAAAUGCAAGCGCUUUCUUCGCCAGUAAAUCCGAAUUUCUCCAAGCUCUGAACAUCGUGGUCGGCGAACAUCCGAAAUCUCGCCCUGAUAUUGCGAGUAUCGGUGCGAACAAGCACUUCCCUCUCAACCCUGGGCCAGACGAUCGUUACUCACUUGGAGAGGGACUCGAGGUCAUCAGAGGCUAUUUUGUCAGUGUCCGUGCUGCGACUGCAAGACUCCUCGUCAAUGUGCAGGUCAAAAAUGUCGCCGUGUACGAGCGUGGCAGUCUGCCUAGCUUGAUCGGGAAGAAUCCUACGAGCAAAUUCAACCUGGAGAAGUUUUUGAAAACCUUACGAGUUGCCGUUACCCACCUGAAGGAUAAACACAAGAAACCGGUCCGACGCGAAAAGACUAUCUGGGGUUUGGCUCGCGAGGGUGACGGGGCAAAGCUCAAGAACCGCGCUCCCAGGGGCGUGACAAAACAAGGUCAACCUCGACAGAAGAUUCCAUUUGGAGCUGGUCCAAAUGAAAUUGAGUUCUGGCAGGACAAGGCUGUGGAGCCAAUGAAAGCGCCUGGUUUUAUCACCGUCGCCUACUGGUUCAAAAUUAAGCACAAGAUUGAUGUUGAUAACAGAAUUCCUGUGAUGAAUGUUGGAUCCCGUGACAUGCCGUCGUAUGUCCCAGCAGAUAUGAUCCGCUUCGCUGUGAGAUCACCAGGUGAGAAUGCGGACUCGAUUGUCAACCAGGGUGCCCCUCUUUUGGGAUUCUCACCGACAACAAACAACGUCUUGAAAGCCUUCGGCCUUGAACCAAUCCCGAAACUCAUCACAGUGCCAGGACGAACUCUGCAGGCUCCUGUUGUCACGUACAAAAAGCUUGAUAGGAAGCAAGAGUUACGCCUUCAGCCAAAAGAUGCAACCUGGAAUUUGAGAGAUGUUGUGUUUUUUGAGGCCAGACGCGUGUCUACACGAUGGUCGUGGGUAGUCAUCGACCCAUUCACAACACACAAGAGAUUCGGCGACGACGAGAAGGCGUGCAUCAGGCGUAUCGAGGAAUGGGCUUCGAAUAUCCGCACUGCUGGAAUCGCUAUGGACUCCAGGCCGACUGCUCCUGGUGUGAAUGUUGCGUAUGUUCGAAACGAAAAUCCUCAGCGAAAGCUGGAUGCUGCGUUUGAAAGCUUGGUCAAGUACAGACUUGAUUUCAUUUUAGUGGUCUUACCAGGCCGUGAGACGGUUUUGUACAACACCAUCAAGUAUUUGUGCGAUGUCAAGUACGGACUUUUACAUGCUUGUGUUGUUGCGGACAAGUUCGCCAAGGGAGGUGCUCAAUACGAUGCGAACGUGGCUUUGAAGGUCAAUUUGAAGCUGAACGGGACGAAUCAUGUUGUUGGAGGAACCCAGCUCGGUAUAGUCAGCAAAGGAAAGACUAUGUUGGUGGGAAUUGAUGUCACUCACCCAUCGCCUGGUUCCGCUAGAGAUGCUCCAAGUAUUGCGGCUAUCGUGGCCUCCGUUGGCAAAGACUUGAGUCAAUUUCCUGCCCAGCUUCAUGUGCAGGCUGGAAAGCAGGAGAAGGUCGAUGCUCUAGAUGUUCUACUCAAAUCUCGUCUCAAGAUCUGGCACGAUAUCCAUGAGGAACAUCCUGAGAACAUUAUCGUCUACCGAGACGGUGUCUCUGAAGGCCAAUACGACAUGGUCGUAACCGAAGAGCUGCCCCAACUCAAAAAGGCGUGCAGGGAUAUGUGCGGUAAGAAGCAACCUCGUAUCUCCAUCGUGGUAGUAGGCAAGCGCCAUCAUACACGUUUCUACGUGACCCAGGAGCAAGACGCUUCGAGGUCCAAGAACCCCCAGAAUGGCACCGUUGUCGACCGCGGCGUUACUGAAGCGCGAGCAUUCGAUUUCUUUUUGCAGUCACACGCAGCCCUGCAAGGAACCGCCCGACCAGCACAUUACAUCGUCGUUCACGAUGAGAUUUUCGCGGGCAUGCCAAUCAGUGCUCCAUUCACCAACUCUGCUGAAGUCCUUAUCGACCUGUCCCACCGUCUCUGCUACACCUUUGGCCGCGCUACAAAAGCAGUCAGCAUCUGUCCUCCGGCUUACUAUGCGGAUCUAGUCUGUGAGCGCGCCCGUUGCUACCUUCAAGAUGUGUUCGAUCCAAACGACACGAGCAGCGAGGCGUMAAGCCACAGUUUGGAUACGAAACAGAGGAUAGUGACGAUCCAUGACAAGAUUAAGAACAGCAUGUUCUACAUCUAG